UUGCACCCACCAUCGGCAGAGUCGGAUCAUAACGACGGCAGCAGCACCACAUAAAAGAUCCGCAUGACGGCGCCGAAGUCGCCUCAAAAAUUCGUCCUUAUACACAUAUACGACAUAUACUAACCAUUUAGCCUGAACUGGGAGCUAGCACGCCAACACGACUCUGGCAGACGUAGAAAACCGCGAAGGUUUUUGUGCGGAUAUAACGUGAUCGUAGUUUUUUUUCUCAAAAGCGCAACCGGAGAGACGUCUGCGCAUUACCAUCGACGUCGAUCCUUAAAACUGGUGACACAAUAGUAGCACGACAGUGUAUACGAGGGACGGUAGCACCAAAAAAUCGGCGCCGUUUACCAAACAAUGGCUGCGUGAUAAUAGGUGUGGUUCAAGGUGCAGGAAGAACUGUUUUGCAGUACGCGAAUUAUCUUUAGAAAGGACUGCAUCUCUUUGUGAAAAGUUCAAAUCUCUGUUGUGCUUCUUUUCUAAACUCUGCGUUGAAUUGACUUGAAAAUAAAGGUACAUGGAAGAGUAUCGUCAGCCCGGGAGUUUCUGUGAAUAUCGAGGAGCCACUACGUGCGUUCGUCUGUUGUGUAGUGCCAAGAGAGAGCGAAGCGCAACUACGCUGCCAUUUUAGGUUUUGGAGCGGAACUCGUAGGCUUCUCUAGUUCCGUGGACUCUCACAGUGGGCUCGUGUGCGCGAGCGUGUAACCAGAACUGAUCAAGAGCUGGAGAGAGAGUGCGAGUCCUCUUGAGCGUGAUUGCAAGAGAUAGGGAGAGUAGUUUAUCCCCGUAUCUCUUUCUCUAGCUCAAUCUCUGCCCUCUCUCUCUCUCUCGCUCUCCUAUUUCGUCAAGUGUAAUACGUUCUUUCCUCGCCCCCUCGCUUUCGGUUCUCAAUUCUCGGUUUAGUGCGCGCGCGCUUGUUUGUCCUGACUCCCAAGUGAUCCCCGCGCAUCCACGAAAUUCACGAUCGGGGUCGAGAGAUUCCCAACAAAUGUUUAAAUGGACGCAUCGUCCAUUAUCACCCAAGUGUCGCGGGAUGACGAGCUAGGCCAGUUCAAUAACGGGAAAGGGAAAGCACAGAUACCUAGGGAGAAUGAAGAAGCUGACAGUCCCACUGGUGGGAAGAAGCCACGAGGCAGAGGACUCCUUCGUUCCCUCCUCUGUUGCCUUGGUAGAGGACGGGGUGGUAGUUCAAAGAGUUCCAAAGCCAGUUCUCUUCAAGGCGAUGGACGAGGCUCACCACCACCAGGUACUGGCUCACCACGAUUCCUCCUACCACCAGUUCGCCAUCAAGAUAUGCAUAAAAAAUGCAUGGUGAUUGAUUUGGACGAGACUUUAGUGCAUAGUUCAUUCAAGCCAAUCAAUAACGCGGACUUUGUUGUCCCUGUGGAGAUUGAUGGGACGGUUCACCAGGUGUAUGUCUUAAAGAGGCCUUAUGUCGACGAGUUUCUACAAAGAAUGGGCGAACUCUAUGAAUGCGUACUGUUUACUGCAAGCCUUGCGAAGUAUGCAGAUCCAGUAGCAGAUCUAUUGGAUAGGUGGGGUGUGUUCAGAGCAAGAUUAUUCAGAGAAUCGUGCGUUUUUCACAGAGGAAAUUAUGUAAAAGACUUGAACAAGCUUGGUCGGGACUUACAGCAAAUUAUCAUAGUGGACAAUAGUCCUGCCAGCUAUAUUUUCCAUCCCGAUAACGCGCUGAUUUCCUUCUCCAAAGUUCCAAUCCUGAGCCUUUAUUCCAAUGGUGACGGUGGUAAUGAUAAUUAUGAUGGUCAUGGUCAUACGAUGUCAUUACCGGAAGGACACAUCGGCAAAGUGCCCGUGGCUUCGUGGUUCGAUGAUAUGACAGAUUCGGAAUUGCUCGAUCUAAUUCCAUUUUUCGAGAAGCUGAGCAACGUGGAGAACAUUUACACGGUCCUGUGUAACAGCAAUCAUCCUUACAAUCAAGUACCUGCAACGGUACAGAAUAGUCCGAGCCCUGGUUCAGGACCACUCGGCGCUUCCUAGCCCCGCCGAAGUUCUGGCCUUUCGGCCAGUCCUGUCACCCCACGACGCACCUUAAGAAGAGCCCUAGCCGGGGCCCUCUACGUCGCUCACCUAUUGUGCUACGGACAGCCCGGUAUGCCCAGCUAAGGUAUCAAAUUGCACGGGCCAGUACGUACCGAUAAGCUUAUUAUCAGGGAAAGAGAUACUCUUGGUCUCGUUUGCGUACUGAACGUGUAACGUCCAGAUGGCCCAUCCUCUUUUGGAUUGCCUGGCGUUGCUCAUCGGACGACCAGAGUGACGUACCAGACGGUAGAGUUACAAUGAAAAAAUAUAUAUAUAACAAGAAAGCGCAAGGUAAUCCUUUAACGAAGCGAAAGGGAAACUGCGACUCGACGAAUCGACCAGAAGUAUACUCGGAAACAUUCGGUCGAACUCGGUGAUGUGUGCGCCCAUUACGAAUUCUAUUCGGUACGACGACGAGCCGAUUACAUCGUUCUGAGGCCGCAACGCUUCCCGUUUCUAGCAACGAAGCCGCACAAGCGGCGAUGCUCGGUAAAGUAAUGUCAAGGAAUGCUAAAGUAUCGUGGAAUUGGAUUUAAUACCUCCGACGUGUCGAUAUUCUCGCACGCUGACGCGGAGUACCUCUGUCAUUUAUAUACGUAACGGCGAACUCUUUUAUUUGGAAUUGCGAUGCGCUUUCACAAAUUUACGGAGAAUCAUUCAAUAAUCGGAUUGCUUGUUCUUGUUGUUGAUUUCCGAUUGAAAAGACUGCCCGCUCCGAAACGUUAUCAGUGCAGAUGGUGCCAAGAGAAAAAGAAAAAGGAUUAGCCUCUUUUUUUUUUUAAUUCACUCGUUCUUUUAUUCUUCUUCAACAUGAUAAUAUUCUUCAACGGCCGCUUGAAAUUUUAAUGACGCCCAUUAGAAUGCUUGUUGAUUUUAAUACAAAUAUCCCCCCGCCCCCCUAAUUCCAAUUCCAGUUAAUAAUCAGACCAGAGCUAUGCUCCUUCGUUUUUCAAUUAAUGUUUUAUCAUUGUCAGGGACCACGUGUAAUUAUUUUAGACUCGGCACGUCACACUUCGACGAAAUAUAAUUUACAAAGAAAAAAAAACUCGCACCGUUUCAAGUACGACGGUUCUAUCGUUACAGGGCUUUUCAUUUUUUAAGAGCCUGCUAAAACGAUUGUAUACUUUUAAUACGACGUGGCAUAGGACAAAAAAGUGCUUAACUUUCGUACCCACAUAUCCAAUUCGCCUGCGAAAAAUGUAGCCAAGACUUCCGGUCUCGAGGGAAUCGAAAACCAAACUUAGCAGAGAAAUAAUAAAAGGACUGAGACGAGAUUUCGAAAUAAUUAGUCGACCAUCAGGCGUCCGCAGUGAGUCUUCCUACCGGAUAGACCCUUUUACUCAUCCCCGGAAACCGAGAUAGUUGAUAUCCGGAACUUGCGGCAUUCACAAGUACGACGUCACUUUUUUCGAGGAUAGUCUCAAUGUUCGAAAAAAAAAACGAUCAAACGAAGAAUCUAUGUAUAUGUUAUCCUAAUUACUUGGAAGUCUCGUCUUGAGCUUUAAGAAUGUUUGCAUAAUUUUGUAAAAAUAUCCAAAAGAAAAUUCUUUCUCGCGAACGAGAUUCGCAUGGACACAGAGGACAGUACUACGUAGGGAUAGAAAUGAGAAGUGAAGUCAUUGGACCAACGUCUUUUAUUUCAAACCACGGCAUACACAAAAGUCCGAGCCAAAUGCAUAUCAUUCUUUCCCUCCAGGCAACCGUACGGAUAUUAAGGUCCUAAUAUUAAAAAGCGAUAACAAUAACGUUAAUGAAUUAUAAUUAUUUAGAAGUAGUCCCUUAACCGCUAGGCGAAUGAUACACGCAUUACACUUACCUUUAUAUUUUUACUAACGACUAAUUAUUAUUUUAGCGACCAUUAUCCAAGGCAUAAUGCAGUGUACAGAUUAUAUUGUAUCGUCGCGAUCGACUAUAUUAUUACUACUAUUUACUAUCUAUUUACCUACGACCUUCGUUGACAUAUUGAUACCACACCACCGUUCUCUGGUUUUACUGCAUCUUGCCGCUAUGACGCUAUCGAAUUUCAAAUUACGAUAUGAGUAUCGUGCCGUAAUCUCACGCUCCUUCCUCCGUAUUUGUUUUUUUGUAUAUUUCCCGUGGGAGAACCUUCCCAUUGCCAAUAGUUCCUUGCCAAACGUAAUAUAUGAUGAAUCAAUGAAAAACUAUCAAUUACCUUUAGCAAAGAUCAUUAGUAAUGGGAAAUUUUGCUACGGAUUUUCAGUCGUUACGUUAUCCUCCCUCUCUCAGCCCACAUCUUUUUCCAGAUUUCAUUACACACUAUCAUCUCCCUGAUAGAGCGUAUCGUUGCCACGACUUCUGCCAGUCGGGAAUAAGACUUUUGAAUUUGAUUGACAGGCAAGGAUAAACGCGAGCGAAAUAUUCUCAGAGGUCUCUGGAUUCAUUCGUGACACCGUACAUCUAGAUAGUUUAAUUAAUCAAGUAAAUACGAGGAUACUCUUUUAUGAACAUGUAAAAAGGAAUCUCCUCCGUAUCCUUGAUUCACCUCGUAACUCUGUGGAACGAUAGACAUUUGGAUUUCGAACAAAUCUCAUUCUAUCGGUAUGUUCGUUGUCGAGGACUGUCUCUGCGCUAAUGUAUACGGUAUUUAAGGCUUUGGCAAACUCAUCCGAACAAAGGAAAGUUACGUUUCCUAACGCAAUCCGCAUGAACUCGAUACAAGGAAGUCAUUAUACUGUCGCUCGUCACUGACUGAAUUCGUAACUCGCGUCGUCGAAUUCGAAUUCAAAUCACGACUCGGGAGUACGAACAGACCCGCUUCUCCUUCCCUCGUGAAAAUCAUUUACACCUUGUACGAAGGAGCGAGCAGCGGUACGCCAUAUUACAUUUUCAAACACGGACUGGACUGAGAAUUACUGCAUCAUACGUUCGGCGUGGUUAUAUCGCAUAAGAAUCAGAGCAGUACUUUAGCAUAAGGAAAAGAUGAAAUAUAGGGAGUGAAAUAUGAAGGAAAAGAAACAAGGACGAAUAUUUGUAUCGAUAAAACUUUUCUACCGUGCGGUAGAAGAAAAAAAAAUAAUAAUCAAUGUAUCUGUCGCGCCUGUAAGAUAUCCUCCGUACUUAUAGCUUUCAUUGCUCUCGUGGAAAAUUCAUGAUGCUGCUACGCCGCGUCGCGACGUUGUGGCCGGCCCGAUCGACGCGGAUAUUUUUGUCGACUUUACAGCGACUAAAUGCGAUUGGCCAACGCUCUACGACGACGAGGUUCGUGUAUCGUCUCUAAAAUUACACGAUGAAAGUUGCACACGGCCACUUUCCCCGCUCGCAGCUUUUCGUAGUUUCGCCAACGGCGACAACGCCUAUUGGCUGCUUCUCCUAUUGGUUUUGAUUUAUAGGAGAACUCGCGCUGGCGUUGAUCGAGUUUUCCACGAAGGUACUCGUCUCUCUGUCUCUUCAGUCGCUUUCUAUGAAAACGUCAAGUAGCUGAUAACUUUCGCGUGAUUGUAACGAUAUGCUCCCUUUGGGUAAUCCUCGUGACAUCACUGAGCAUUUGCUGACGUCAAUACAUGGUAUUUAAGUCUAAUCGAUUAGGCAUAUGACCAUAGCUUUCUUAAUCAUUAAAUGAUUGCUUAGUUGGUCGUUGAAGUUCGAUAUUCAUAUGUUAAUAAUAACGAAUUACAAUUUAUGCUCGACGUUGAAAUGCUCGCUGACGCUCUUGUUAAUCACGACCCUUACCGAUUGGGAACUACUCGCGAGAGUGCACGCAUUUAAUAUAUUAAAUAUAAAUAAGCUGGCAAGAAAACGAGAGGGACGGAGAGAGAAAACGAACAAUCGAGUUUCAAUCUUCUCGAAGAGUUCAAGGCAAUUGAUGGUGCUUCCGUAGUGAGGCUCUUUCAUGACUCUACAGAGUUCGAUGCAUUUGAGACGUUCCUUUUUUUUAUUUUUUAUUACGAGGUGUAAUCCAGUUCUCUUAUGGUACACUCUUAUUUAACAAUUGGCAGAUAUAUCUUGAUACAACAUGGGUACAAGUAUAAUUCUGUAGAGUCCUGAAUUCUAGUCUCGUGAUGCCUUUGCUCAAAAUCGUAACGCAUCUCGUUGCUGCGUAGCUACGUGUUCAGAUGGUGUGAUAAGGCGCAAUAGUUAUUCGCAAGUACAAAAAGCUAUUGUUUUUUAUGUCGAUUCGUCAAGAGAAAGAGAGACAUGCCAAAUUAUUAUUGGGCGCGAUGAUUUUUAUUUGAAUCACAGCUCGAGCGAGGCGGUAUGGCCGUUCGCUGAACAGCGGUGCAAUGCAGGUCGAAAAUAAAACCUUUUUAUAUAUGCAGCCAUUUUCCUAAGAGAAGAAAAAUAUCGGUAAUGCUAUUGUAGGAAAACGUGAAAUCGCGUGGAAUGGACUCGUGAAUAGAAUGAAUGUAGGAGAGACAGUCGAAGCGUAUCAAUGAGAUGAAUAGAUGAAUGAAUGAAUUAAUGAAUGAUAGUGCAAUGCGUGCGUGAUUGCAUGUGUCUGCUGAGAGCAUGAGUAGAAAGAUGAAAAGAAGGAAGCAAGGAGAAAAGAGUUAUAUAUUGUACAAAAAUUUUGUCACAAGAAGUUUUUAAUGGAAUUAGAGUGUUGGACACACACGUAUGCGUAUAGAGAAUAAUUAACGAUAAUGCCUUGAUUUGUAAAUAAAACAAUGAAACUUCCACUAAUAAUCCUUUUCCGCUAAAUGCAAUGCGCCUGCGCGCUGAGACUCGAUUUACGAAGCCUCGUCCACCUUUUGGUACCGUUUUUUUCUUUUCUUUUACAUGGAGAAACGGCUACUUGUAUGUCGCCUCUAUUAAAUUGGGGUGACCAUUUUGUACGAUGACUAUCGUGGUUCGUUUCGAAAUUUGAGACACCUUUUAAAAACAAUGUAACGUUUCCUGAUCCCACCCGACCCAAACCUCUAUCCCUUCGAUAUGUCCAGUUUGCUCUGUGAUUCUGUGUUUAAUAAAAAAAUAUAUAUAUAUUUGAUAAUCUUGAA